CUCCAAACGCGUAAGUGACCAUUGGGAAAGGGAGACCAUUCAUUGACACAAAAUGUCAUGCCACAGAAAUGCAAAAUUUCUGGCAAGAACUGUUUUUGUCCACAAAAAUAACGUAGAACAAGCCCACAAUGCAAUGAUGAGAUUUAUGAGAAAUGAUGGAAUCGUUGACCAAGUGAGAAGAAAGAAAUAUUAUGAAAAACCAACAACAAUGAGGAGACGUAUAAGUUAUGAAAGAUGUAAGAGGAUUUACAAUGCUGACAUGCAAAGAAAAAUUGAAUUUGUGAUGAAAGUCAACAGAGAAAGUCCAUGGAUAGGAUGACAAAGAUUAGAUACAUCAUGUGUAUUCUGCUCCUCAUAAAAAUGACAUACUUCCAAAACUUUAUUCAGAUGGAAUGUAAAUUAUAUAGAAAAUAAAAAGUUGUGUCAAAUAAA